GAGCAGAUGGAGGAGUGCACGGGAAACCAUGACCAGGAGGAGGGCUGGGUCCUCGCGCAGAGGUUUGGAGAAGGGGGAGAUAGGUUGGUCCCGGUUGACUCCGUGGAGAAGAUCCAGUGGCAGAACCCAACGUUCGGUAAACCCGCGGUCAGCUGGGAACAAGUGGUGGACCUUACCUACUCCAUGCGCCUGGGAGAGAAGCCCAGACUCGUAGAGCAGAAUGAGGCCGCGGUGCAGAAGUUUCGGUCUGUGCCUCCAGGCUGGAGCUAUGAGCACGACAUGGAGCUGGGGCGCUUCCUGUAUAAUCACAAUGAGAGGGUGCUGCAACGUGGGGACUGCAUGACGGAGCACGUCAGCAACGUCGAGGUCUCCUCGCAGGUGGGGGACUGCGGCGCGGCCAGUCUGACGGACAACCAGACAUACAGCUUCUGGGAGAGCAACGGGCCCGCGGGGCAGCACUGGGUGCGGCUCAGCAUGAAGAAAGGCAGCAUUGUCAAGAAGCUGUGGCUGGUGCUGGAUGUGAAUGGCAACUCCUAUGUACCCAGGCGGGUGGCUGUGUAUGGGGGGCCACCAAACAGGCUGCAGCACCUGAGAACUGUCCUAAUUAAUGAGAACAGCUUCCAGAAUGUCUGCAUCCUCCGCAACAUGAAGAUCCACCUGCCGGUGCUGGAGAUCCGCUUCCUGGAAUGUCGUGACCAAGGGUACAAUGUCCGCCUGCAAGGGAUUAAGAUCAAGUCCUUCUGGGAGUGGGACCUGAUUCUGAACUCUGACAUAUUCCAGCCAGCCCGGCUGGUGCGUUACCCUCUCCUGGAAGGGGUGGACACUGAUGUGCUGUACCGCCGGGCCGUGCUCAUUCAGAGGUUUGUCCAGAUCCUGGACAGUGUCCUGUGUUACCUGAUCCCCCUCUUCGAGGACAGUACUGGCACCUUCAAUCCACUCAGGGGCAUGAAGCCAUUCUUGCUGCUGUCCAAGCAAAGCACAGCCCUCAUUACCCACUGUCUGCAGUCCUCGGAGAGCACCCCCCCUAACAUCAUGCCAAAGCUGCACAUCAACCGGCAGCUGGCCCGGGAGCACCGCGCCAACCCUGCACUGGACCCCAGCUACAGGAACACUGUCUUCACCCAGCUGUACGAAGGCCUCAGAUCUUCCAAGCACAAUCAGCCCCUGGACUACAGGUGGCCCACAAACUACAGCCAGUGGUGGGAGUGCGAUUUUGUCACAGAGGGCAUCCUUGACAAUGGCGGUGGUUUUCGGGACACCCUGUCGGACAUUUCGGAGGAGCUGUGCCCCAGCUCGGGCAAUGUCCCCGUGCCCCUGCCCUUCUUUGUGCGCACUUCCAACCAGGGUAACAGCAGCAGUGACACCAGAGACAUGUACAUCCCCAACCCCUCUUGCAAGGACUUCCCCAAGUAUGAGUGGAUUGGGCAGUUGAUAGGAGCAGCCCUGAGGAGCAAGGAGUUUCUGGUCCUGGCUCUGCCAGCGCUGGUGUGGAAGCAGUUGGCAGGGGAAGAGGUCAUCUGGAGCAAGGACUUUGCUGCUGUGGAUGUGGAGCUGGUGAAGCUGCUGGAAAUGAUGGAGGGGAUGGACAGGGACACCUUUGAGUUCAUGUUUGGCAAAGAGCUGACCUACACAGUCGUGCUGAGUGACCAGCAUGUGGUGGAGCUGAUCCCCAAUGGCAGCAACACCGUGGUGCGCUAUGAGGACCGCAAGGAGUUCAUCCGCCUGGUGCAGAAGGCUCGACUGGAGGAGAGCAAGGAGCAG